GUGGGAACCCCACGGGCGACGCUGGGUGGGCAGCGGGCACCGCAUUUGUCCCCGAUCGGGCAAGAGCCAAAAAAGCAAGCCUGAAAUUCAUUGCGCUGCGUGACUGUACGCUGUACCUCCAUCUUCAACGCCCAGCAGCAUCUAUUUUGGAUCUGAACCCAAGGUGAACCACGAGCAGUGAUGGUGCUGUGCUGGGACGCGGUGCCCACACCGGGACGUGGCACCCACACUGUGCCCUGCCCUGCUGCCAGCAGCACCCUGCCAUGUCGUGGCAUUGCCGCCAGCCUCCACGGCUGCUGUUUCGCUGAGGGUUUGUGUUUACCAUCACCUUGCUAAGGGAUUAUUCAGCCUGCGGUUGCCUCGCUCGUCCGAUCUGUUUUUGCUCGCGGCCGGUGGCUCGCUGCCAUCCCCUAAGCUACACGCCGGGCUAUAUAAGCGACCUCGCUGCCUCGGCUGCGGGGAGGCUCGUGCGCAGCCCGGAUCGGCGGUGGUGCCGGGGAGGUUUCGGUCUGGGGAAGGUGUGGGACGGCUGCGGAUACUCCAAGAAGCCCCUAGUCACCUCUGGAGACAACAAUGGUCACCGUGAAAGGAUGGAUCCUCCUCUUCCUCCUCCUGGGAGCCACAUCCAUUUUAGGUCAAAGGCUUCUGAAACCAGGCCUCAGCAGGAUCCAGAUAGGACAGAAAACCUUCAGCCCACUGGUAAUGCUCAGCUUAGAGAGUACGAGGAGCAGCUCUCGCAGGGGAGACCCAACCUUCACCUACGCCAGACGCAGUCCACUGGUGCAAGAUUCAAAAAGGUUUUUGUCUCCAUGGUCGAAAUGGAGCGAGUGCUCAGCAAAGUGUGGCCAAACCGGUGUGCAGAAGCGUACCAGAUCCUGCCUAGCUGAGCGCCUCGGGGGCGUGCACUGUAAUGAAGCAACUGAGGAAGGGCGGCUCUGCAUUGGACAUGUUUGCUCAGCCUGCAACAUCACCUGCCCCAUGGGUCGCGUUAACGCCGACUGCGACGCUUGCAUGUGCCAGGACGCAACCCUGCACGGGAAGGUCUCUCUCGAGGAUGGGUCGCCCGCUGCCGAUGCCCGGGUCUACCUGCAAGCCAAGAAACUCAAGCUGUUGACAACGGCUGAUAACAGAGGCAUGUUUAGGAUCCCGGGGGUUUGUCCCGAUGGCAAAAACACCCUUAAAAUAAAGAAAGCCAAGUAUGCAACAGCGACUGUCACCGUGCCCAAGAGCAACAGAAGAAACCUGGCAAUCCAAGUGCAGCUCCAACGAUCAGGCAAACCCUACAUUUUAAGGAGCCCCGAGGACAAAGCCAGGAGAGUGGGACAGAGCGUGUCGCUCUGCUGCGAUGCCCUUGGGAGGCCGGCCCCCGACCGCUACCUCUGGUACCACAAUGGCUCACUGCUGGAUCCCUCCUUAUACAAAUAUAAAAACAACCUGAUUCUGAAGAACCUGAAGAGAGACCAGUCUGGAGAGUAUUUCUGCAAGGCCAGCAGCGCUGGGGGGUCAGCAAAGUCCCAAUCUGCCAAGCUUGCAGUCAUAGGAAGACAAGAGGCAGCCUGCAACUCCCAACCCCAAAGCCACCUCAUCCGACUUCCUCACGACUGCUUCCAAAAAGCAACAAACUCCUUCUACUACGACGUGGGCAAGUGCCCAGCAAAGACCUGUGCUGGGAAGCUGGAUAAAGGACUCCGGUGUAAGGACAACAUCGCCUACUGCUGCGGGGUGUCCAAGAUGGAAACCAGAGACAUCUCCUGCAACGGGUACACGCUCCCCACUAAAGUCGUUGUAGAAUGUGGCUGCAAAAAAUGCACCGAGACCAAAAUAACGGUUCGAGGCAGAGCCACAGCAGCAGAUAACGGUGAGCCACUGCGCUUUGGCCACAUCUACAUGGGGAACAAGAGAGUGAGUAUGACUGGCUACAAGGGAACCUUCUCCAUCCAUGUCCCAGCAGACACGGAGAGACUGGUUCUAACUUUCGUUGAUCGGCUGCAGAAGUUUGUGAACACAACGAAAGUUCUGCCCUUCAAGGAAAAUGGAGGCGCUGUGUUUCACGAGAUCAAGCUACUAAGAAAGAAAGCCCCCGUUACGCUGGAAUCCACUGAAACCAACGUGAUUUCUUUGGGCGAAAUGGAAGAAGAUGAUCCAAUUGCCGAAUUAGAGAUUCCACCCAAUGCAUUUUAUAGGAAAAAUGGAGAAGCCUACAGAGGCAAAGUGAAAGCCAGCGUGACAUUUCUGGACCCAAGAAACAUCUCAGCGGCCGCUGUGACACAAAGUGACCUGAACUUUGUAGAUGAGGAAGGAGAUGUAUUUCCACUCCGCACAUACGGCAUGUUUUCUGUGGACUUCACUGACGAACAGGGCACCGAAUCUCUUAAUGCUGAAGAGGUGAAGGUUCAUUUGGAUGCUGCUCAGGUCAAGAUGCCAGAGCACCUGCAAGAGAUGAAACUUUGGUCCCUGAACCCAGAGACAGGAUUAUGGGAAGAAGAAGGGGACUUCAACCUUGAGAAAAGCAACCGGCGCAAAAGGGAAGAGAGAACGUUUUUGGUUGGGAACAUGGAGAUCAAAGAAAGGCGGCUUUUUAACCUGGACGUCCCAGAGAGCAGGCGGUGCUAUGUCAAAGUCCGAGCUUACAGAAGCGAGAGAUUUCUGCAAAGCGAGCAGAUCCAAGGGGUUGUGAUUUCUGUUAUAAACAUGGAGCCACAACCAGGGUUCUCAUCCAACCCCAGAGCAUGGGGCCGUUUUGACAGUGUGGUUACUGGUCCCAACGGUGCCUGCGUGCCCGCCUUCUGCGACGAGCAAAACCCCGAGGCCUACGCAGCUUAUAUCUUGGCGAGCAUGGGGGGCGAAGAGCUCGAAGCUGUGCCCUCUGCUCCCAAACUCAACCCUAAUGCUAUUGGGGUCCCACAGCCGUAUCUCAACAGGCUCAACUACAGGAGAACAGACCACGAGGACUCCAACACAAAGAAGACAGCAUUCAGCAUUAACGUGGCCAAGCCAAGCCCUAAUUCCCCAGAAGACAACAACGGCCCUAUUUAUGCCUACGAAAACCUAAGAGAAUGUGAGGAAGCUCCAUACAACGCUGCUCACUUCAGGUUUUACAGGAUAGAGGGAGACCAGUACGACUACAACACUGUUCCCUUCAGCGAAGAUGACCUCAUGAGCUGGACUGAUGACUAUUUGGCAUGGUGGCCCAAGCCCAUGGAAUUUAGGGCCUGCUACAUUAAAGUAAAGAUAAACGGACCCCAAGAGGUGAACGUAAGGUCUCGUAACAUGGGUGGGACGCACCCGCGUACCAUUGGCAAGCUCUAUGGCAUCAGAGACGUCCGCAGCAUUCGUGACUCCGAGCAGCCAAACGUGUCGGCAGCCUGCCUGGAGUUCAAGUGCAGCGGCAUGCUCUUCGACCAAGACCGUGUGGACCGCACGCUUGUGAAAGUGGUCCCACAAGGCAGGUGCCGCCGAGAGAGCGUCAACAGCAUGCUCCAUGAGUACCUGGUGAACCACCUCCCCAUGGCUACAAACAACGACUCCAGUGAGUACACAAUGCUGGCUCCUCUUGACCCGCUGGGACACAACUACGGCAUCUACACCGUCACUGACCAAGACCCGAGGAUCGCCAAGGAAAUUGCCCUGGGCAGGUGUUUCGACGGCACAUCUGAUGGUACCUCCAGAACCAUGAAGAGCAACAUCGGCGUUGGGUUGACUUUCACCUGCUCGGAGAGGAGCACAGCAGAGCAAAGCAUCUUCCAGUCUCAGAGGACCUCGGGCCAGCAGUCCAUACUGGCUCUGCCAGGGGAGAGGCCCACGUACCAAAGGCAGCCAGCAAGCCGCCAAAGCACCCAAGGCAGGAUCCCAAUGAGAGGUCAACGUUCUCCUACCUACUAGAGCUGUAUAGGAGCCUCAGUAAAGUUGCUCACACUUGAUUAAAUACAAUUUGAAAGUAACAUCUACCUGCUAAUAACCUAAUUCAAAGCUGGUAGGUGUCAUUAUUUCUGAGACAUAAUGAAGGUGCACUUUUCUUUUUUUUUUUUUUUUUUUGCACCAGAAAGUAAAGACAUAAGGCAAAACUUGGGGCACAGUAGCAGUAGUGAGUUUGUGUCUUGUUAAAUGCAUCCAUAAAAAUCUUCUUUCUGCCUGACAUUAAAGAGCUUCACAUGAUAGCCUAAAGGGAAGUCUAAACACACGAUUCAAUUAAGUCACGUACAUAAAACACUCUUCUGUUCUGCAUCUGCAGACUUUGCCAGCCCAAGUACCUGUACAGUAGUUGGUAACAUGAAAAGGAGUAAACUAAUUUCCUCAUACUGAAUCCAACUGCAAGGUUUUGUACUUGAAAUGUAAGUAUUUUAUUUAUUUCUAGCUUGUUUUAGAAUGACUGUAUUCAAGCUAAACUACCGGCAGCUGCACUUCUAAGAACUCACAUGCUCGAUAGCACAGAGAAGCCAUGUGGAUUUGUAGGCUCCACACGGAUAAAACUACAGUUUUCUCUUGCUUCUUGCAUUAUUUGACAAGAAAAUCCAUGCUCUUAUGAUAGGGUAGGUUAAUAAAAAAAUUAAUUUUGUAACUUUGACAAUGCUGUGUUGCUUUUGUGUUUGAAAUGCCCAAGUAAAUAAACCAUGUGUAGAGCUGACCAAAGACUAA